CCGGGCCUCGGGGACCCAGCGCCGGAGCGUCGCCGGGCAACAGUCCCCGCCUGGUCUCCACCUGCCAGCAGGGGCCCGGCCCCGCCCCCUGGGCGGACGCCCCGCCUCCGAAUCGAUCACGUGAGGGGGCCGCCGCUCUCGAACAAUCCCGCCCUCUCGUUGCCGUGACAACCGCCUUCUGGGCACACUCUUCCUAAGUCCGGGCCCUUGGUCCCCCGCGCGGGCGCGGGUGGAUCUCUCGGGCUCUGACUUCUUUUCGGGUCACCUUCAGGCUUCAGCCAGGCACCUGACGCCUCUUUCCCCUCACGGUGCCAGAGCAGGCCCGGGCCGGGCCGAACUACAUUUCCCAGGAGGCUCCGCGGCCAGGUGCAAACAGCGCCGUACUGACUACAUUUCCCAGACAGCCUUGCGGCGGCCCGGGCCUUAAAGCGUCCAUUUCCCAGCGGCCCUCCGCUGCGAGACCGCAGCCCUUCUGUGGAGUCUCAGAGCCGCAAGACACUACGACUCCCAGGGGACCUUGCGUCGGGCAAGAAAGACUACACCUCCCAGAGGCCUCUGCGGCGCCGAGACAGGAAGCGGCGGGCGAGUCGAGUGUCCUUGCGCGUGGAUCCGAGCGACCAUGGUGGCCCGGGUGUGGUCGCUGAUGAGGUUCCUCAUCAAGGGAAGUGUGGCUGGGGGUGCCGUCUACCUGGUGUACGACCAGGAGCUGCUGGGGCCCAGCGACAAGAGCCAGGCAGCCCUACAGAAGGCUGGGGAGGUGGUGCCCCCCGCCAUGUACCAGUUCAGCCAGUACGUGUGUCAGCAGACAGGCCUGCAGAUACCCCAGCUCCCAGCCCCUCCAAAGAUUUACUUUCCCAUCCGUGACUCUUGGAAUGCAGGCAUCAUGACGGUGAUGUCAGCUCUGUCGGUGGCCCCCUCCAAGGCCCGCGAGUACUCCAAGGAGGGCUGGGAGUAUGUGAAGGCGCGCACCAAGUAGCGAGUCAGCAGGGGCCGCCUGCCCCGGCCAGAAUGGGCAGGGCUGCCACUGACCUGAAGACUCUGGACUGGGACCCCACUCCGAGGGCAGCUCCCGGCCUUGCCGGCCCAAUAAAGGACUUCAGAAGUG